AUGGGCAGCUCCCUGGGCUCGCCCCAGAGAUCAAUGCCUGCCCCUACCCCCAGGUGCCCAAGGUCUAGACCGUGGUCUGACUGGGUUCAUCGAGACCCUGACCCCAAGUCCCACCGGAACCUCCACCUGCCCCAGAAGGUGACGGGAACUUGGAGGUGUUCCUCCACUAGACCUCCAGCAGAGGCCACCCUGGGCCUAGAUCUCUCCACCGCCUGGGACAGGUAUAUGAAACGGUGGCUUUGGAGUGUACGGAACCCUGGAUGGACCUGCAGCCCAGUGAUGGUCAAGAUUGCCCCUCCUGAGGGUAGAGGCAGCCCUCUGACUUCUCUGGAGCAUGGAACCCAGUUUGCAGAGCGUCCUAACGAGUGUCCAGAUCCUUGUGCUAAGGAGACUGUGCUGAGUGCUCUCAGGCAAUGCCAGAAGGGGACAAGGAGGUUUGAUGGACCGCUGUGGUUCGAAGUCUCAGAGGUGAAAAACAGAAGACAGAAUCCAGAGCCCAAGCCUUCAUCUGCCUUCAAACCCUGGUUAAAAAAUGGAGUGGCAAUUUCCUUUGUUCCCAAACCAGGACCUCUGAACCGAAGCCAGGACUGCUGGAACCUCAAUGCCUAUGAUAACGAUACUGACCUCCAACCGCAUAUCCAUGCUGCUAGGCGAGCAGUGUCAGAGCCUCACAUGGAAAGCUGGGAAAAGCCCCAGGCCUCUUGUGACCCCUCUCUAAUCUCCGUGCCCAAGACUGGAGUCUUCGGGGUCUCUUUGGCUGGUGGGGAUUUCUAUUCCUCUACCUCCCUUGACUUCUAA